AUUUUAAGCUGGUCUCAGUGCAUGUGUUCAUUCGACACGGGGACAGGUACCCACUGUAUGUCAUUCCCAAAACGAAGCGCCCAGAAAUUGACUGCACUCUGGUGGCUAACAGGUAAAUGGCAGUUUUCCUAAAAGUCAUUUUCAAGAAUCUGUUGCCUCUGUUGAAAUUAAAAGGCUGACCGGAGAAUUACAGGAUCGGGCAGUGGCCUACACUUGUCCAGUGAGUACUGCUUGCCAGGAGUCUGAUCGUCAGAACAAUCCUGCAGGGGAAUCCCAUUUCACAGUUGAGAGGACAGAGGCCCAGAGAGGUGAGAACACCUGCCUAAGGCCACACAGCAGAUAAACUGAGAUUUCAGCCCAGGCCAGCCUGCUAUCUGCAGUCUCCCACCCUGCUAUUCUUCAGUUUGAGAAACAACUGGGACGGGGUGCAGUGAGCACUGGGUUAGGAGUCCUCGGACCCUGGCGUGGCCGUUCCAUUGAGGGGAGCAGGAGUAGAGACAGCCUGCCCUUGGUUGAGAGCCCUUACGAUGAAAAAUACUUGAAAAGAGAGUAGAAACUGUGCAUGUGGACAUGGCAUGGCUCUAAAAUGAGAGGCACAGUUAGCAAUAAAGUGAUGGGCCAGGCCUCAGCAAAUGUGUCAGGGGACGCAUAACCUCCCAAGCAGAGUUUACUGAAUGAAGAGAGGAGGCGGGGGAAGUGCUCUGUGGGGAUGACGUUCUUUUGAUGGAAUGCCUUGGGUGCCAGCCCGCCCCAGGCAGCGCCAGCCUGGUGGAACCAUGGAUUGCCUCCCUGCAGCCAGGGCUGUCCCUUCACAGUGGACUGCAGUGUGGACCCGGGAAUUCCAGGUUAACCCUUUGCAUCUCAGCCUUCUUACUGUCUAAUAUCAAGGGGAAGAUGAAGUGAACCAUUUUAUGUAAAAACAUCACGAAAUACCAUGUGACUCUAGGCUUUCAUUUCCUGCUGGAGGCCACGAACCUCGCAGCCUGUGGAUUUACGUCUUCUUUUCUGUGUUCAGCAAGUACGGAUGCAUGUCCUUGUGUCCCAUGGGCUGGGAAACACCCUGGAUGGAGUCCAGCCCGUGUCAGAGCACCGGGCAGUCCCUGGCUUUCUUCCUCGUCUCUAGCCCUCUGUGCUGGCCUUUCUGCUGGGACCCUCGGCCCCUGCCAACCACUGCCUGCCAGCCCCUCACCCUUCAGGCCUUUGCACCUGCCGUUUGGCUUGCUGGCCCCCUUCCAAAGCUCCUUCAAGGCCCCCUGAGAUGGUACGCCUUCUAGGAGACCUCUCCCAGUGCGUCAGCAGGGAUUCUCUGCUUGUACCAGGCACCGCCACUGCCUCACUCAACCUGAGAAAGGGGGACGUAGGGAAGAAUCUCAGAACAAAAUACUUAACGACCAGACCUUAACUGGCUUAGGACUAGGCAAGGGUGGAGGCCACUUGCUGUGCUGGGUAUUAACCCUUUAGUUUCUGGGCUGGAGCAUCCAGGGUGGCGGGAGGACACAGGGAGGGCAGCUGGGGGGAGUGGCUUUGCUCCUUCGGGCACAGCAGAGUGUCAGUGUCCUGCCGUUGUACAGGACUUUGAACAGCCCAGGGACAGGCGGGCCACUAGGCCGCUGAGCUGGCCGGACCCAGAGCAGCCUCAAGGGCUUUGUGGGAGGUACCACGCUUCAGCCGGCAGCUCACAGCUUCUACUCCCCUUUCUCUGGCUGGGCUUCAGGUACCCAGGCGUGAGAAUGGGUCUGCCCCCCCAGGCCAGUCUGCUGUUGCUGGAGAGGUCCCUGAGCACCGCGAGGCCUUGAGGGCCACCUGGCUCUUCCCAGGGAAGGGCCCAGUGGGCAGGACCGCCGGGCGGCGUGCAGGCCUCCAGUGGGCCUGCUGGUGCUCUAUGACUUGUCCUCUCAGUAUCGUUGUCUGUGCUCUGCCUGCACCACCGGCCCCUCAGGGCACUGAGUCUUAUACCUUCCAUAUCACUGGUGCCCAGCCCGAGCCUGGCAUGUAAUAGUUGUUGGACUGGGUUGGUUGCAGAAUGAAUUCAGGAGCCCAGUGAGAAUCACAGGUCAUCAUUGCCUAUCAUGUAUCUAUCAUAGGAGAUUUGAGUCUUGACCAUGAAAUCCUCUGAGGCCGUUGUCACCGGUUUGAUGUAGGGCAAAUCCCUUCACCUCUCUGAGCCUCAGUAUUCUGUCUGAGAGCAUGUGGAUGGUAAUACGGUAAGUCCCCUGCAUACAAACAAGUUCCAUUCUGAGAACGCGUUUGUAAGUCCAGUUUGUUCGUAAGUCCAACAGAGUUAGCCGAGGUACCCAAGUUUUACAGAUGACACCAGACACGUGAACUAACUUAUGUGAUCGGACAUGCGAACGUACGUUCGCAUCUUUGAAAGCUUUGGCGGUUCGUAUGUAGGGGACUUACCGUACCUCCCCUAAAACAUCCUCGUGAAGUCUACUAAGGUGAUGGAGUAAAGUGCUGAGAGCCUGGUUCCCACUGAGAGCUUGAGAAAUGGUGUUUCAUUUACCAAAGCAGCCUGGAAUCUCCCAGGCCCGGCCUCUUUUCCUCUCUGAGUGGUCGUGGUCACAGGGCCAGGUCGGGUCCCAGGGUCCCUCGUUCUGCCACAGCCCUGACGGGGCCACUUCUGGAGCUCCCAGCUGAGAGGUGCAGUUCCUGGGGACCAGCUGCCCCCGCUGCCUCUGCCUCGUUUCCCCCUGGCCUUGGUCUUUUGGUCUAGUUCUAUUUCAUACAAAUACAUUCUGUAUUUUUAGGAGCUACUUUGAAUCGUUUAUAGAAAGUGGGUGGAGUAUGCAUGUUUAAUUAAUUAAUGGCAUUUAAUGAAUUCCAUCUUUUAUAACAAUAAAAGUUGACUUGUCAUUAUAAACGCACAUUUAGUGUAAGAGUGAGCAGGACCCCCAGCUAAGGGGACCCACUCUGGGCCUCUGAACCCCCUGGGACUGUGGGAUCUGGGUCACCAGCUGUGCCUGCUGCCUUCGCAGGUGCCAGUUCGGCUUCACGAAUUAUUAAUUUUUAUGGCCUCCUCAAAGGCGGAGCGUCCUGAAUUGUGCCCAUUACUCCCGUCUGGUGAAGGACACUGUCUGGGCUGGCGGCGGGCGUGCAGUGAGCUGAACCAGCAGGAGCCGGACACCCCAGUGUUUCCCUUCCUAAGGACACCUUCCACGACUCUCAGAGUCUUUGUAGUGGAAGCUGCCUCCUCGAAACCGUAUCACCCUAAACUGGAGGCUUUCGUGAGUCACAUGUCCAAAGGAUCCGGAGCCUCUUUCGAAAGCCCCCUGCACUCCCUGCCUCUUUAUCCCAGCCACCAGCUGUGUGAGAUGGGAGAGCUCACGCAGACAGGGGUUGUGCAGCAUCUGCAGAACGGCCAGCUGCUGAGGGACGUCUACCUGAAGAAACACAAACUCCUGCCCAGUGACUGGUCCACAGAGCAGCUUCGCUUAGAGACCACUGGCAAAAGCCGGACGCUGCAGAGUGGGCUGGCUCUGCUUUAUGGCUUUCUCCCAGAUUUUGACUGGAAGAAGAUUUAUUUCCGGCACCAGCCCAGCGCUCUGUUCUGCUCCGGGAACUGCUACUGCCCGCUGAGGAACCAGUACCUAGAAAAGGAGCAGCGUCGGCAGUACCUGUUGCGUUUGAAAAACAGGCAGCUGGAGAGGACCUACGAAGAGAUGGCCAGGAUCGUGGACACCUCCACCAAGCAGCUCCGCGCCGCCAACCCCAUAGAUGCCAUGCUCUGCCUCUUCUGCCACAACGUCAGCUUCCCCUGCACCAGGAAUGGCUGUGUUAACAUGGAGCACUUCAAGGUGAUCAAGAGGCAUCAGAUAGAGGACGAGAGCGAGAGGCGGGAGAAGAAACUGUAUCUGGGGUACGCGCUCCUGGGCGCCCACCCCAUCCUGAACCAGACCGUGGGCCGCAUGCGGCGCGCGGCAGAGGGCUGGAAGGAAGAGCUCUUUGCUCUCUCCUCUGCUCACGACGUCACUCUGGCCCCGAUUCUCAGUGCCUUGGGCCUUACAGAAGCCAGGUUCCCGAGGUUCGCGGCCAGGUUGAUCUUUGAGCUCUGGCAAGACAGAGAGAAGCCCGGCGAGCACUCCGUCCGGAUUCUCUACGAUGGUGUCGAUGUCACGUUCCACACCUCGUUCUGCCAGGAUCACCACAAGCGGUCUCCCAAGCCCAUGUGCCCCCUCGAAAACUUCGUCCGCUUUGUCAAAAGGGACAUGUUCGUGGCCCUGGGUAGUGGUAGCACUAAUUAUUAUGAUGCGUGUCACAGGGAAGGAUCCUAAAAGGUACGUGGUGCGGCGCUAACAGAAUCUAUGCCAAUACAGAGGGAUGGGAAAGGUCCGCUUCUAGUUCUUUUGGUUGCUAAGGGUACAAGGUGAUUUUUAAAGGCCGGAAAUCAUGCUUGGGGGCCACAUAGAUUUAGGGUUGAACAGUGAAUAUGUUGCUGUAAUUGGGUACUUGAGUUACUUGGUACACAGUGGCCAGUUCACAGAGAGAGGAAGGUACUUUAUCAUAGCCAGACUUUGCUUAGGAUGCCAGAACAAUGCGUCAGUACCCAAAGCUGCCAAUCCACUUAUGUGUUCUUUUGAUCUGCCUUGGUACUGUAUGAUGGAACCAGCAAACCUCAGCCAGAAGUUUCUUCAUCUGGGACAGUCUUACCUUGUCCUUGUUCAGUGAACAAUUUCCUGAAGUCAUUUAUCUAAAAUAGGGGUAGGCAAACUUUUUCCGUAAAGGGCCAAAUAGUAAAUAUUGUAGACGUUUUGGACCCAAAGGCCACAUAUAGCAUCUGUCACAGCUACUCGAUUCUGCCCUUGUAACUUGAAAGCAGCGACAGACAGCACGUGAAUGAAUAAGCAUGGCUGUGUUCAUAGGCCUCACAGAGCAGGCACUGGGCCAGGUGUGGCCCGAGUGCUGUAGUUUGCUGAUCCCUGUUCUAAAAGCUAGGCUCUACUACAAUUGCACUUGCAGCACUUUGCCAGAGAACCAGUUGAAUACCCAGAAUUAUUCAGUGGUGCCUCCAGUAACUUCUGCUAGAAACACAGAACCUGGUCUGUAUCCGACAUUAUAACACAACCUGAGGGGAAGUAAACAUUGAGUCAAGAGGAAUCAUAGAAAAAUUAUUAGAAUAUUACUUGAUGUUCAUGAUUAUGGUAUAAGGUAGUUCUGAGUAUGUCUUAAAUAUUUGUCUGCUGUAGUCUAUUUGCUGUACACGCUGAAAUUUUUGUAUUCCGUUUAGUAUUUUUAUAGUCUAGGGAAAUAUUUUCUAAGACGAGUUUGAGAUGUGCUCUGAUUCCUCUGACAUAUUCAGUUUACUGUAUCUGCUUGGGGGUUAGAAGGGAGCCGGAAGCUGAAUUCAGGCACUUUCUUCCAGUAGAACUAAUCAUGGCUCAUUGCCUUCGACGAGCAGUAGAAUUGGAUCGAUUUUUAAACCAUUUUCGUGUUUCAAAUGGUACAUUCGAAUUGAGUUUUAAAUAAGUUUUUGGAAGAAGUUUGUUACUAGACAGUUAAAUAAUCUUUAUAAGGUAUUUUAUAUAUUAGAAGCAAUUAUAAUUAAAUCUGUGAGUUCUGACUAAAAUGGUGCUAGUUCUGUGCGAAGAAAUAUAAAGUGGGAUUCCCCGAUGUCGCUGGUAUUCCAGCCUUUUCUGUUUGUUUUUUGUCCAGUGUUGCAUUUGAAUACAUCCGUUUCUAUUAAUAAAUUUUUGAAGAUUACUCGUA